AUGACUUCACAAAAAAUUCAGAAAGAUCUUGUUCAAGCUUGUGCUGAUUUGACUGUUAAAGCAAUAAUUAUUGAUCUCGGCAACGAUUACUUUUCGUUGUUAGUUGAUGAAGCUCGUGAUGUUGCAAUUAAAGAACAAAUGACAGUUGUACUUCAGUAUGUAAACAAAAAGGGGUCCAUUGUUGAAUAUACUACUGCACAAUCACUAAAAGUUGCGAUUGAUGGGUUGUUUUCUAAACUCGGUUUAAGUUUGUCUAAAUGUCGCGGUCAAGGCUAUGAUGAUGCUAGUAAUAUGCGAGGUGAAUUCAAAGGGCUUAAGAGUUUGAUUUUGGCAGACAACAAAUCUGCAUUUUAUAUUCAUUAUUUUGCUCAUCAGUUGCAAUUGGCACUUAUAAAGGUUGCAAAACAUUAUACGAAGAUUCAAGAAUUUUUUGAUAUGCUUCAAAAGAUGGCUACCGUUGUGGGGGGUUCAUGCAAGCGGAAAGAAAUUCUUCUAAUGAAUCAAUAUGAGCAAAUAGUUGAAAGAAUUGCUCGCAGUGAAAUACUAACUGGAAAAGGUUUGAAUCAAGAGACAACCAUAAAGCGACCUGGAGACACUCGUUGCAUUUUGUAUGCCACGGAGGAUUUUGAGUUUGCAUUCUUGUUGCAUCUUAUGAAACUUAUCUUGGGGAUUUCUUAUGAGUUGUCACAAGCACUACAAAGAAAAGAUCAAGACCUUUUAAAUGCAAUUGGUUUAGUAAAGGUAGUCAAGUCUCGCUUACAAGAGGUGAGAGAUAAUGGUUUUGAUGAAUUGCUUCAAGAAACGAACAUAUUUGCCAAUAAAUAUGAUAUUGACAUUCCAAAUAUGGAAGAUGUUUAUUGCCCUAAAGGAAGAUCAAGACGGAGAUUGAAAUCAUUCACAUUCUUGCACUACUUUAAGGUGGAGUUAUUUAAUAGAGUGAUAGAUACUCAGGUUCAAGAGUUGGGUGAUCGAUUUGAUAAUGUCAAUACCAAGUAG